GUAAUCCACGUCGAGCUGAUUAGCGUCCUUCUCCGAAAAUGGGAGCAAGAAUGUGAGCUGGUGUGUCAACAUUGAGCGGACAGCGCUCGUAUUUGUCAGCUACCUCAAUGUCAAACCUUUACAGAGAAAAUGUUGCUGCCAAAGCCUUUUUCAGAAGACUGGAGUCCGCAGUAACUCCUGUAGUGUCCGGGGAGUACGCUUCCCGGGAUAGAUCGAGGAUGGCUGCGAGGAUCUCCUUCUCGCAGUAUCGACUGGAGGCAGAGAUCGAACGCUGUCGUGCGGAGUGUCAAUGGGACAAGAUACCCACGCUGGUGGAGCAACUGGUGUCCGCGCGUAUCCACGAGGACGAUGACUAUGGGAACCUGCUGCUGGCCGAGGCUCUGUUGGAAGAGUGCCUUCAGGAGAACAUGGCCCUGCUGCGCAGCUCCACGCCCCUGACAGAGACGGACCAGCCCAAACUGGCCAAGGCCAGGGCCCACCUCAGCGCCAUCCUCAACAGGGGCCGUCUGGAGCCCAGGUACAUGAACGAGGCCCUGCUCCUGAUGGCCAAGCUGCAGUACGUCCAGGGCCGUUACCGCGACGCCCAAGGCAUGUGCGCCAGGGCGGUGCUGGAUGACCUGACCCGGGACGAGCAGCCGCUCUACCACCUCCGCCUGCUGGCCGAAGCCUGCGUCAUCAAAGGGCUCUCCCUGGAUCACCAGGCCGUUUCGGCGGCGUCCCGCGUCCGUCUGUCUGAGCGGCAGGAGGAGUGUCUGUCCUGCUACCUGAGAGCCUGUGACGCUGCCCUGCUGUACCUGCAGGAGCUGGACAAGACAGUGAGUGUCCCACAGAAGGGGACGAAGAUGAAUCUCGCAUUGGGGGUGGAUUUCGAUUUGGGAUUCUUCCAGCUGGCGGCUCUGCAAAGUGCGUACCUGUCCCUGCUGCACAAAGGUCACCUGGCGCAAGGUGCCCACCAGCUGCGGCGGGUGCUGCGGGCGGUGGACUCUCGGGGGUCGCAGAGCUUCAGGAAGGCGGCUGCGCGGAGGCUGGCCGAGGUGCUGCUCAGCUCCGUGAGCGAGGACAGCUACUGGGACCCCCUGUCCCCCCCGCCUCUGGCCUGGCUGAACAGAGAGGGCGCAGCUGCCCCCAAAGACAUGCUCUACCCCUCCUCCAGACCUCCUCAACGCUACGGCACAGAGAGCGUCUUCUGUCCCCAGGACGUUGUGGAGGAAGCCAUAUUGCUGCUGCUGAUCUCCGAGUCCAUGGCCAGCGGAGACGCGGUGAUCAGUCGCGCUCCUGAGCAUCGGGAAGCCAGGGAGGCCAGCUUGCAGGAUGCCACCUCCGUCUAUGACCUGCUGAGCAUCGCCAUGGCCAGGAGGGGGCAGUACGCCAUGCUCUCCGAGUGUCUAGAGCGGGCCAUGAAGUUCUCCUUUAACGAGUUUCACCUCUGGUACCAGCUGGGCCUGUCUCUCAUGGCCUGUGGGAAGGGUGCAGGCGCUGUCUCUGUGCUUAAAGAGUGCUCCAAGAUGAGACCCGAGGACCCCACUGUUCCUCUGCUGGCAGCCAAGGUGUGCAUAGGCCAGCUGCACUGGCUGGAGGAGGGCGAGGCCCUGGCGCAGAGCGUGGUCGCCAUGGGCCGGCGCAUGCUCUGUCCGUGCCUGGCGUGGGGGUGCCGUAGCCUCAGGGCUACCGAAGCCACUUUGAAGGCCAGUCGGGAUGAAUUCAACAGAAUGGCACUGGAAUCAUUGAAGAGGGCUCAGGAGCUGGACCCACAGGACCCUCAGAUCGCGCUCUAUCUGUCCCUGCAGCUGGCCCUCACACGCCAGGUCUCAGUGGCCAUGGAGCCCCUGCAGACUGCUCUCUCACUGCGUGGGGACGACCUCCACUCUCUGCACCUCUUAGCCCUGCUCUUCAGUGCCCAAAAACACCACCAGCACGCCCUGGACACCCUGGGCCUCGCCCUCAGCCAGCACCCCGAGAGCUUCAGUCUGCUGUUCACCAAGGUGAAGCUGGAGGAAGUCCUCUAUGGACCGGCCACUGCACUGCGUACCUGUGAGGACAUGCUGCAGCUGUGGCACAGUCGCUAUGACUACGUGCGCACCAGUGACACUGACGAGAGCAGCAGCCUGCCGGAACCAGCCCCACUCAGCCGCAAACCCAGUGGGCUGCACCUCACCCUGCCGGACUUCCAGGACUGUGAGACAAGGUCCCAGAGUGCCGCCUCUAUUGCGGCUUCCCGCCUGGAGCAGGCCAUGUCAGAGGUGUCGGCCAUCAGCUCCGCCCACAGACAAGGCCCCGCCCACAUCUGGGCAACACUGGAGCACAUCUGGCUGCAAGCAGGGGAGCUCUUCAUGGAGGAGGGGAGAGUGAAGGAGGCGCAGUUCUGUGCCCAGGAGGCGGGGGCGCUGUUCCCAGCCUCUCACUCUGUGCUGCUGCUGAGGGGCCAGCUGGCCGAGAUGCGUGGGCUGGAGGCCGAGGCCAAGACCCUUUACGACGAGGCUCUGACCAUCCAUCCCAGAGGAUACCGCAUCCUGCUGCACCUGGGAAAGCUGCUGGUGCGGAUGGGGAGGGUGAGUUUAGGGGAGAAGGUGCUGCGGGACGCGGUCCAGGCCCAGAGCACGGCGCACGAGGUGUGGAGCGGCCUGGGGGAGGCGCUGCAGAGCCAGGGCAGCAGCCAGGCGCCCGACUGCUUCCUCACCGCCCUGGAGCUGGAGGCCAGCUGUCCCAUCAGGCCGUUCACCGUCAUACCGCGGGAACUGUGAGGGGGUGCAGCCGAACAAGCCACGCCUCUCCCUCUCCAGAGGCCUGUGAACGUCACCUGUCACACACCACGCAUCACAGCAACCCGAGGACACGCCCACAACUGCAUUUACUUCCUAUCUGGACAUCCUGCGCCUUGUUACCAUAGUUAUAUGCAAAUUCAGUGACCUCAUGGAGGGUGUCUGAAGCAGCUCUCUCUUUGCACAUGUUUGUUGGGCUGGGUGUUUACCAAAGCUCAGCGGCAGCUGUAGGAUUUAACGCACAUCCUUCUGGACUCACAGUCAGGUCUCCUACAUUUGUCACCACCGAGUAGUCAGAUAUUUCGUUUCGUAGACCUCAUCUGAAAUCAGCUCAGUCGUGAGGUAGGGAGUGCCCGUGUGGCAGAGGAAGGUGCGGCUGCUUCCUUGGGCACACUCACAGGGGAGAAUGAAUACAUUCCCAAUCCAUCCUUCCUCAUUCCUCCUCUUCUUCAGGGUCAUUAAAAGCCCCUCCAGCCUACCAGUAAUGAAGGGAACAGUGUACAAAACAGGAGUCAGUAGGAGCAAUUAUACCAAAGAGGCAUACACACACACACACACUCACACACACACCUCCUCAGUCCUGCACGUCUCAGAGAAAUGCAUACACACACACACACACACACACACACAUACACACUGCCUCAGUCAUGCACAGCUCACAUACACACAUGCACACGUGCACGCACUCUCAGGGAUGCUGUUUAUGCAGACUUGCACAUAUUUUCCUCUCAAUCUCUGCUUGAAGUUAAUCACUGUUCAUGUUUUUUGGCAUUAUUGUUGUGCCGUUUAAAAUGUUUUAAACUUUUAUUGAUUGUUCCGUCAGUCUUGUUUUUCCAUAAACAGUAUUUUAAAAUAUGAUUUGUAUUUGAUCAAUAACAGUUGAGUUUUAAUCAAUUACAAAUUAAAAAUAAAUAUACCAGUCGGUAUAUGUCAUGAUUUGCCUACAAGGCCUUUUACCACAAAAUUUGAACACCUGAAUUCCAUUUAGAUCUUGGGUUGACUUAUUUGUGGUCCUGAAUGACUUUGCAUUUCUGAAAUCUUAAUGUUAUUUCAUACCUGUAUAAUAAAAUGCAGUUAUUCCAGCUUCAAA